GUAUCAAGACCUUGAGAAUAAAAUACACAUGGCACAGAUUGUAACAUUUUUUCAGAUGCUGUUAGUUCUGCUACUUCAUGAUUAUAUCUCAGCUGAAGAUGGUGAAACAAGAGCAAGUUGCAGAACUGCUCCAGCAGAUUUAGUUUUUAUCUUAGACGGCUCUUACAGUGUUGGCCCAGAAAACUUUGAAAUAAUAAAAAGUUGGCUUGUCAAUAUUACAAGAAAUUUUGACAUAGGGCCAAAGUUUAUUCAAGUUGGAGUUGUCCAGUACAGUGAUUACCCUGUACUUGAAAUUCCCCUCGGAACUCAUGAAUCCACUGAGAACCUCAUCAGGGAAAUGGAGUCCAUACACUAUCUGGGAGGAAAUACAAGAACAGGAAGAGCUAUUCAGUUUGCCUUUGACCAUCUUUUUGCAAAAUCUUCACGAUUUUUAACAAAAAUAGCAGUUGUUCUCACUGAUGGAAAGUCCCAAGAUGAAGUCAAAGAUAUAGCAGCAGAAGCAAGGAAAAAUAAGAUCACUUUGUUUGCAAUCGGUGUUGGCUCAGAAAUUGAGGAGGAUGAACUUAAAGCUAUUGCCAAUAAACCUUCAUCAACUUAUGUAUUUUAUGUUGAAGACUAUAUUGCAAUAUCAAGAAUUAAAGAAGUUAUAAAACAAAAACUCUGUGAAGAAUCUGUUUGUCCGACAAGAAUUCCAGUGGCAGCUCGAGAUGAAAAAGGAUUUGACAUUCUUGUAGGAUUAGGUGUGAAGAAAAAAGUUAAAAAGAGAAUUCAAAUAUCUACUACUAAUGCAAAAGCUUAUGAAGUAACCUCACGUGUUGAUCUCUCAGAAUUAACAAGGAAUGUGUUUCCAGAAGGUCUCCCUCCAUCCUAUGUGUUUGUUUCCACUCAAAGAUUUAAAGUAAAAAAGACAUGGGAUUUGUGGAGAAUUCUGAGUCUAGAUAAGAGACCACAGAUAGCAGUCACUGUUAAUGGAGAAGAGAAAACACUAUCAUUCACUACAACAAGUUUAAUAAAUGGCACACAAGUUAUUACAUUUGCUGCACCUCAUGUAAAGACAUUGUUUGAUGAAGGCUGGCAUCAAAUUCGUCUCUUAGUAACAGAAGACUUUGUAACUUUGUAUAUAGAUGGCCAAGAAAUUGAAACAAAGCCAUUACAUCCUGUUUUAGGUAUUUACAUCAGCGGCCUAACCCAAAUAGGAAAGUAUUCUGGAAAGGAGGAAACGGUACAGUUUGAUAUACAAAAACUGCGAAUCUACUGUGACCCAGAGCAAAAUAACCGAGAAACAGUCUGUGAGAUCCCAGGAUUUAAUGGAGAGUGCAUGAAUGGUCCCAGUGACGUAGGCUCAACACCUGCCCCCUGCAUAUGCCCACCAGGAAAGCAAGGACCUCCAGGCCCCAAAGGUGACCCUGGACAGCCUGGGAAUCAUGGUUAUCCUGGUCUGCCUGGUCCAGAUGGUAAGCCUGGAUACCAGGGAUCAGCAGGAACUCCAGGUAUCCCAGGAAAUCCAGGGAUUCAAGGACCUCGUGGCUUGCCAGGUAUCAAGGGAGAACCAGGAAAAGAUGGGGCAAAGGGUGACAGUGGACUACCUGGAUUUCCUGGAUUACAUGGCAUGCCAGCACCAAAGGGAGAAAGAGGUCCUAAAGGAGAUCAAGGAGAGCCAGGAAUAUAUGGAAAAAAGGGUUCAAAAGGAGAGAAGGGUGAUACAGGGUUUCCAGGAAUGCCUGGGCGAUCUGGAGACCCUGGCAGAAAUGGGAAAGAUGGAUUACCGGGCAGUCCUGGCUUCAAGGGAGAAGUUGGGCAGCCUGGAUCUCCAGGCCUAGAAGGACAUCGAGGAGAGCCUGGAAUUCCUGGAAUUCCUGGAAAUCAAGGAGCAAAAGGACAAAAGGGUGAAGUUGGACUACCAGGUCAGCCAGGAGCAAAAGGGUCACCAGGAGAUACUGGUUUGAUGGGACCAGAAGGUUCACUUGGUCUACCUGGAGCUCCUGGGCCUAAGGGUGAUAAAGGCGAACCAGGAUUACAGGGGAAAACAGGAUCAUCAGGAGCCAAGGGAGAUCUAGGAGUACCAGGGGCUCCAGGUGAACCAGGCUACCCAGGCAUUCCUGGUGCCCAGGGAUUAAAGGGGGAGAAAGGAAACCAAGGUGACACUGGUAUCCAGGGACUGAAAGGAGAAAAAGGAAGACAAGGAAAUCCAGGCUUACAGGGAGUAGAAGGACUGAGUGGAGAACGAGGAGAGAAAGGUGAGAAAGGAGAUCCAGGCAUUCAAGGUAUCAGUGGACAAAAAGGAGAAUCUGGUGUCCAUGGUUUGAUUGGACCUCCUGGUCUCAGAGGUCAGCCAGGAGAUAGAGGACCCCCAGGAACACCUGGAUCAGAUGGAAAACCUGCACGAGAAUUUUCAGAAGAGUUUAUUCGACAGGUGUGUUCAGAUGUACUGAGAACCCAGUUGCCUGCCAUUCUCCAAAGUGGAAGACUACAAAACUGUAACCACUGUCAGUCCCAAAGUGCUCCCCCAGGACCACCAGGUCCAAGAGGCCCUGAAGGCCCAAGAGGGUUUCCUGGUUUACCAGGGAAUGAUGGCAUUCCGGGGCUGAUGGGCAUGCCAGGUCGCCCUGGGGCUCGUGGGACAAGAGGACUGCCAGGGAAGACUGGUGCAAAAGGCAAUCAAGGAGUUGGUGUUCCUGGGAUCCAAGGCCCCCCAGGACCUCCAGGUCCUGAAGGUCCACCGGGCAUGAGUAAGGAAGGACGUCCCGGAGAGCGUGGGCAGCCUGGUAAAGAUGGAGAUCGUGGCACUCCAGGAAUGCCAGGACCAGUUGGACCCCCUGGAAUUUGCGACCCAUCAUUGUGUUUUAGUGUAAUUGUGGGGAGAGAUCCAUUUAGAAAAGGACCAAAUUAUUAAUUUUUGAUAGGAUAAUUUAGAGGAAUAGUUCUGGUGCUUAUCUUUCAUGGUCUUUCAAAUCUCAGGAAGGUGGCCAGCAAUAAUCCCAUAAGAAGGAACAAAAGUACCUCUGACAUUAAAAGCAUUAUAAAUAAUGAUCUCAAAGGUUAUACAUUCCUUUAGACUAGAAACUCCAAAACUCCAGUCACUUUUUUUAUACCUUGCACUGGUUGAAUCUCAAGAGUUUUUAAAGAGAUUCUCAGUUUUUAAUAGAAAUAAAGCUAACUAUAAUAUUUGGUAUUUAGUAUUUAAGUGUCCUAUAAUUCUCCUUUUACCUCUUUUUAAUAGAAAGUCAUUUGCAAAAUUGCUGGAAACACCACUGGGAGCAGAUUUAGAUCUUAAAUGGCAUUGGUCAGGUAUAAAUAACUGUGAAAUUUUUCACAUGCAGCCAACAUAUGCAGUAUUUGAUUUUGAAGGGAUAUGGCUGGCUUUGACUUCAUAUGUGUGCAAAUUUCAUUGCCUUAUGUACAUUUCAUAUGUCAUUGCUCCAGAUGUGAGUGAAAGCAUGUUAUCAGAUUUUUGUGAAUUAAGACAGAUACUUGGACUCAUCCCAGCAGAAAUGUCACCUAUUUUCCCAUGCAGCUCUGCUUAAAACGCAGGUGAAAUGCAAGGGUAGAACUACAGGUUCAAGGACCAAGAUUUUAUAGAAGAUGGUACUACCAAUUACUAAAUGUUGAAAGUUUCCAUGCAGGUGAUUCAAAUCCUAUGAAAAUAGCAUUGAAAAUGAAAAAUGGCAAAGAACCGACAUAGCUGGCUUUAGCUAUGAUUUGACAAAAUUAAAGUUUUUAAAAUAUUUGCACAGCCCCAAUGUAACAGUUCUGUGUAAUGAAGCAUCUAGUUAUAUACCCUUUGCUGUUUCUGCUCAAGGACUGUGUUGCCAAAUUGAAGAAGCAGGUUUACAAGGAGAAAGGUCUAGCUGGUGGCUGACCAGCUGCAAUAUUUGUUAUUCUGUUUCCUUUUCAUUUUAAGCCAGCUGUGUGUAAUUUUCAUUGUACGCUUUGCUAAUGAAGUGUAUUGCUUGCUUUUACAUAAAGAGCAAAAGCACAGUUCCCAUGAGAAUUUAAAAUCCAGUUCUUAAAUUAAGGCAGAAUCCUGUAUUAAGUUAACCAAUGCUUUGUAAGUCACUUUUUCUAAUGUGUUGUUUUUCUGUUGUCCUACUAUCAGAGACUGUUAAUAUGCUUGACAUUCAAGGUAAAAUAAAAGACACACUUUCCAAUAAA